AUGUGGACGGCUGCUAGUGAACGAAUUCACAAUGUGGUCAACGGCUCCCGCGUGGAACUGCCUUGUGAUUUAGACGUAUCCUUCACUAAAGCGGAAUUGGAUAAAAUGUCGUGGAUCAAAGGGCCGCGUCAACUUCUUUCUCUUGGCAUGUACAAGAUAACUGAGGAUGAGAGAAUUUCGAUCGUACCGCCGACCCUGUUAAAAAAGCGAGGUUUCAACCUUUUGAUUUAUCCGGUCACAACAAUGGAUAAUGGAGUGUAUCGUUGCGCCAUCGUGAUUGGUGGGGAAACAUACUUCAAGACAUACCGACUAAAUGUUCUUUUACCUCCCAGGAUCACCAAAGCUCCUGGGCCAAUACUUAAGGUGGUGGAGGGGGACGCCUUACAAGUUUCCUGCUCCGCUGAGGGCAAUCCACCUCCAACAGUGACAUGGCUCAUGGAGGUGGCCAAAGGAGGCAUCCAAAUACUGCCGUUGCGCUUCAACAAAGACGGCUUCGAGUUUGCACGCGACGUCCUCAAGGGUCUGAGCGCAGUAAUAAGAUGGAGUCUCAAAAACUUGCGCUGCAACUCGCACAGGCGUAUUGCCGAGCAUCAUGAUCGCAUUGUAGAUUUCGUUGAAAUGAACGGCUACCUGCAGAUAUCGCAGAUCAACCGCCAAAUGAGUGGAACAUUGGCUUGCCAAGCGGUAAAUGGAGUUGAACCAAAAGCUACCCGUAAGAUGCGACUGGAUAUACGGUUUCCACCGGAGGUCCACGUUGUGAAUUCCCUGAUUAAGCAAUCUCUAGGUGGUGACACCGUCCUUCAGUGUCAAGUGAACGCAAAUCCCAUGGGAAUUAUUGUAUGGACCUUCGGGAAAGCUAAGAUCCCCAUUAACGCCUCUUCUUGCAGCAUUCUCACCAACAAGGCUGUCAAGUAUUGUGUUGUCGAUUCUCGUCAGAAACAUGAGGAACGAUGGCCAUCGAUCAUAUCAAAGCUGCAUAUCUUAAAAUUGACGGAGGACGAUUUUGGUGAUUAUACAUGCGGCAUGACCACGAUGAUGGGAAAGCAUGCAGCCAGCACAACCCUUGAAAGUAAGUACAUCGACUUACUGAUCCCACAAGAUACGUUUCCGAAUCUGAACAGUCGAUGCGAUUGUUUAAUGACCGUACGUUGCGUGAAUGCACAUAAAUUGAUUGCAUGGUGGUGA